CGUGAGUUUCAAAUCCGGAACUAUCGAAACCACAGCAUACCACGUGACGGCGGAGACGUCCAUUACAGCGAAGGGGUAGAAUUAGAUUGAAAGACAGAAAAGAAAAGAAAUAGGAAAAGGAAGACAGAUUGUAAUAGAAAUCGAGUCAAAGCACAUGCGCCAAAAAACAACCAAAUGAAAUUUAAAAUAAUAUAAAUACAAGUAACAAGACUGUUAAAAGAAAAUGUUUUCUCGCUGAGAAAAAUCUGGCACGCCUUGACUUUGAUUACCUUGCCAAAAAGAUAUUCCCCGAACUAUUGAUUUUUUCCUGUCUUGAAAUCCAACUAGUAGGCUUGUAUAUCUAACAUUGAAAGAUGGCUGAUAGAAACGACAUAAAUUUUGAAUCUGACAUCGAAGAAGGCAAAAGGAAGGUAAAGGUGAUGAAAUUGAACAGCAGAGACUUUGUUGUGACUGAGAUCAUGGUAUUACAUGAAGAUGAAAACAGCACUUCGAAGACUGUCUUGGAAGUUAAACAAGAAUUAUUACAAAUAAUACAACCGAAUGUUGACCCCAAGCACUAUGACCUAGUAGGUGUGAUGAACGGGAGUGUGACAAUGAAUGAUGACAAUGACAUCACAGAUUAUGAUGCAUUUCUGAAUGAUACAAAGGCACAUCUACAAUUUCGGAAGUCUUCAUAGAAACCAUCUAUAGCACAAGAAAUUCAAGAUCCGUCAAGUUCAAAUCUCUCAUUAACUCUCAUCUAGAAUUUUACUUUUCUCUCAUACAGACAAUGGAUUUUGCCAAUAAUUGUCUAUUUCUAUGCCAAAUGUUUUUGUUUGUACAACUUUUUUUUGUUUUUUCUUUAACAAUAUAUAUUUUAUAUAUUAAGAAUACUUUUGUUCUCUUAAAGUAAAAAAAAAAUCUACUAGAUAAAAAAAAAAUUAUAAGUUGCUUGUAUGAUAUUUCAGUAAUUCGAUAAUAAGUUGUCUGUCUAUUUCUUUUCUUUAGAAGUAGCUCUAAUUAUGUCUGACAAAGGGUAUCUCGUCAAGCUAUUGUAACAGUGAGUCUGAUGCUCAGAUUCCUUUAAGUCUUGGGUUCUCACCGAAUUCAGUCCUUGACUUAUGUCUUCCUUGUCUGGCGACUCAUGACUCGUUUCCAGUUUGCAUUCAAAUUUUCCUUGUUGUAUAAGGCGAAGUUGUUGGCUUUGUUGUUUGUUUUUUUUUCGUAUAAUUUUUUAAAGUUUCGUGUAAAAUGUGUCGCUCAAUUUAGUUCUUGUUUGGUGUUUUUUUUUUCACUUUACUAAGUUCUUGGAAAGCUAGGUUGUUUGACCUAGUUCUUGUAAAGUUAGGUUGUUUGACCUAGUUCUUGUAAAGUUAGGUUGUUUGACUUAGUUCUUGUAAGAUUUUGUUGUAUGACCUGGUUCUUGGUACGUUUUGAUGUUUGACCUAGUUCUUUGAAAAUUUUGAUGUUUAACCUAGUUCUUGUAAAGUGUUGUUGCUUAACCUAGUUCUUGUAAAUUUUUUAUGUUUGACCUAGUUUUUUUUUAAAGUUUUGUUGUUCGACCUAGUUCUUGUAAAGUUUUUUGUUUGACCUAGUUCUUGUAAAGUUUGCUUUUUAUCUAGCGCUUUAUGCGAACUAUUACUUUUGUUCAACAUAUUUUAUUGACAUAUAUUUUCUGUUAAGUGUGUGUUUUAAUUUUUCGUUAAGACAAGAUUAUUUCGUGCAAUAAUUUCUUUCGAAAAUGUUUAGCUCUAGUUAUGUGAGGGUGAUAUGUCUGUUAGUUUACAUGUCAUUGCGAAAUACAAAAUAUUUUAAUAAACAAUUAUAUACAACAUUAGGAAACUUUACUUUUUUUUUCAUAGUAUUUUUAUUAUUAUUUUAAAUCCAUUGUCAGCAAUUUCAAAGUUUAGAAUUUGUUUUGUUUUAAAAAUGAUUCUGUUUAUGAUAAAAUGUGUGUUUUGUUGA